CUAGUGCGUCUCGGGUAGUUUCCCAACAUUAAACAAAUGAUGUGACCGGUUUUUUGGGGGGAGACAUACGUCGAAGUUUAGAAGGUAUGCAAAGUCCUGAAUGAAGGCGUUGUUUCUUCUUUAGAAUAAAAGAUUUGUCUUUCGUAAAACUGUGUGUAUUGGCCGGGUGCUCGAGUCAUUUAGCCUUUAUUAUUGUUGAAGUUUGAAAGCUUGGCCUUCUUCAAAGGUUUGCAAGGGAUGCAGACAACACCAAAGUGAGACCUGUUCAAACAUUCCAAGAUCAUCACAGCAUGCCCCAUAGAGUAGCUCAGGGUAUAACCCACUGCUUAUGGAGCAUUGAACCAUAUUAAACCCAUUGCUGGUUGAAGCAGCAUUGUCAGAAUUGAUUCAAGGUGAUGGUUGAAGGUACUUUGGGCCUAGAGACAAUGUAAAUCGAGCAUAAGUCAUGCACGAGCUCGUUGAACAAACUGAAGAACUCGUUUUUCAUCGCGGCCUUUCUGCGAUUUCUGCUUGCGACAGGUGAGCAAAGGAACAGAAUGAUCGAGACGAGUUGCACCACAAAGCUUUGAUCAACUAGAGCCGAGCAGAGACGAAUUGGGCAGGAAACGCCACAAGAUUCCCUUGGAGGUUCAGGUCUAGCAAAAUGUAGUUGAGUGACAGGUGGGCUGGUUCACCAGCACGCUCGAACGCCAUCUCUAACGUCAACGCAGUUGCGCAUGCUCUCACCUGUGUGUUCACGUAUGUGGCUCUUUAAUGUAUGCUCUCUCAUGUAUUGCUCACAUGUGUGCUCUCAUUUGAUGGUGCUUUGAUGCGUAAGAACCUUUACCUACCCCAAUGUUUUGCAGCCAGAAGAUGGGAGCAUGCACGGAAAGAAGGUGCAGGUCUCAUCCACAGGUGGAAGUUCUACGCCAUCCUUCGGUGGCAGCGAGGAGUUCGAGAUCGAAGCUUCCAAAGAGGAUCUUCGUGCAAGCCCAGACAGGACACCCGCUCCCUACACCGCACGUCAACGCCGACGUGAUCGAGGAUAAUUGGGACAGAUGACGACCAAUGACCAAAGGAGGAAAUCAAGUUGACUGGCUUCAGCCGAUGGUGUUGUAGAUCCUUUGAAGAGAAGGAGGAUGACCAUGAAAGCAGGAUCAGGCUCAGCACACAGGCUGAGCAAACAUUUUUGGAAGAAGUUGUGUAUUCUUUGUGAAAAGGGACAAAAGUGUGAGAGAGCAUCGCACCUCUCAUGGGGUUUGGCGUAUGAUGACGACAUCACACUAACAACUUGGAAUGGCACCAUUUUUGGACCAAUUGACACCGCCUAUGAUAACCGCAUUUACUCCCUGGUGAUUGUGACCGGGCCUAGCUAUCCUGAUGUUCUGCCUGAAGUUCGCUUCACGGCGGGCAUCAAUAUGAAUUGCGUGGAGCCCGACGGACAGGUGAAACCCACAUGGGGAGUCCUAGGCAAUUGGAAGCGAGAGUACACUAUUGAGACGGUCUUAGAUGCACUUCGACGCGAGAUGUGCAGCCCCAACAAUCGCCAUUUGGCACAGCCUGAUACUGCGCCACCGGCGGGAAAUAGCUAGAAUCUAGCAGCAGCAAAUGAUUGGAAGAAGCAGAAGAGGAAGAAAGCAAGAGGGGCGGCGGAGCGUGAGAGGCUGACCCGGGAGGUGUCAUGAUCCACGAGAUUCCAUUUGUUUCAUGAACUCAGACACAUCCGGU